AUGGGACCGGGAUGGUCGGUUGGUGCCACUUCCGCCUCAACGGGACUCGAACUUUGGUGUGCAAGACUUGGCUGCUGCUGCUUCUCAUACUUCCAAACAACUAGUUCAGAUGCACUCUCUUUAAAGCGUCAUAUGAAAAGAAGAUGUUGUCGGAUUUCUCCCCUCAAAAGCCCAGCACCGAGUCCGCAUCUGAGCUCGACUUCCUCCAGCCUGUACAGCAAAAGUAUUCAGUUGCGUCUCUCCUGA